GUUAAGCAUGUACGCUUUCUCAUGCGUUAACAAAUAUAACAUAUACCUUGUUGUAACUUGUAGCUCUAAAUGUUGCUUGUAUAUUUGGUCGCGUCAUUUUUGCACCCUAGUGCCCAUGCACCCUCUGCAGCAGGAGCAUAACGUUUCACCUACACCACUUCGGCUGCGUCCCUGAUAGAGCCUACAUGAAUUUUUUUUUUCGUUUCUUCUCAUUCUCGCCUACGUUACCACACGGUUGACGUACAACGCGACACGAUUAAGGUGCCCCGUCGGGAUAAUGUGCUCCCUCUUCUCCGGCUUCGCCUCGCAUCUGGAGUAUCCUAUAGCCUGGUAGAAUUCGUCUUCGCAAGCAGCGUUCCUUGGUGUAGCUUUUACGAAACACUUCGCCCUUCUCAUCCGGACGAUCUACAUUGCUUUCUGUGACGAUUGCGUCAGCAAACAACCCGUCUCACUCAGUGUUGACUGUUGUACUCACUCGCUACAGCACUACGAGGCGGUCGCUCGGGAAUGCUAAUCCUUGUGGAUUAUUGUUUCUUUUUUUUUUCGGAGCCGGCUAUUCCGGAGCAUCGUGGUGGGUCCCACCGAAACAGUCGUCGCACCAGACAGAAAUGAAGAACGUUUCUGGGCUUACUAUGUUAAAGUGGUUUUUUUGAGCGUUUGUAUUGCUCCACCGCUUUCUUUUGAGCGGCUGCGUUCCCUCUACGCUUUCGCUCUACGAUUUUUUCUUUCUCUUUCCCCACGCCACUCAGCCAUUGUAGAGUAGAAAUCCGGAUGCCUGCAUUUCUGCUGGUCAACCUGCCUUUCCCUUGUGAUUUCUUCAGCAUGAAGCUGUCUUUUCUGCUCGGUCAAUUUCGCGGUUUAGUUUAUUUCUGCAUACCGUCGUGGAAUAUAAGCCGCUAGAGCGAGAGUCCAAAUUCAUCGCGCCCUCACGCAAUGAUUCCAGUGUAAUCUACGGGGAGGCUUAGUGGGCAGAUAUGUGCUGCUUGCAUUGUAGCCGCUCGUCCUUUUGCUAGUUUCAGGCAUUAGAGACUGCACAUGUACCGGACUAUGGAGCUGGUGCGAGAGUUCGGUGAUCCCCAAGUCCUGGUACUCUCCGAAGAUCACAUCGUCCUGAAAUUGGAAACUGCUUGGUCGCGAGACGUGGCGGUCCCAGAAGGACUCUCCCUUGCCGACGACGGCGGUCAGCUCAUGGUCGCGCGCCGCAGGUCUCUGGCGUCUUUGGCGAAGAACAAGUUGUUACGACAGGCGACCAUCUCGAAGGCUCUGUUCUGCGGUUGCGUGUCCUUUGACUCCUGCGAGCGCUACGCCAGCGCAUCCAGCGAGCUUCUCCGAGGCACCCAGGAGAUAUGCAUCGUGCACAACAGGGACACGGUCCACAAGCUUAUUCGCAUGUUCCCGAAGGUCAAGGUCCUUGCGCUGCCGCACGAUCUUUGCAUACACGCCUUGGAAAUUGAGGAGCCCUGCGGGGACCGCCUUGGACCACUGGUGGUGCGAUGCCAACUGAGGGAGCUGGUGGGCAACAUCGGCGGCCUGUGCGAAGGCCGUCUCCUUUUGAGUCCGUGGACUACACUGGCGCUUAUUCGCACGUGCCCUGACGUGCGCCGCAUCGACUCCAUGUGGCUCGGGAAAUGCUUCACGGAGCCGUGCGGCCUCACCACUUCGACUGAUCGUAGGUCAAAGAACUUAACCCACCUCUGGCUUGGCUGCUUGGAUAACUCGUCCGGCGGAAGGCUACACAAUCAAAUGGGCCCAAUGAUAGCGGUCGACGUAAGGACGGCUGCAGACAAAUUUCCCUCGGUGGAGAACUUGCAGUUGGCUGUGGAAUCGCUGGAAGAGAUCGCCAAUGUCCCGGCUUUCUGCAACCUCCACAGCAUCACGAUAGAAAUCAGUCCAGCCCUAGCCUUCGCCGACGCGAGUUCUCAGUUGCAGAAGAUGCUUGCAAGGUUACCCGGGCUCGAAGAGCUGGCUCUCGAAAAUUGCGGCGGUGUGCGGCUCUCUACAAUCUCGAGGCUAUGUCCCAAACUGAAAACCCUGAGGCUCGUGAGGUGCCUGGGGUCCCAGGACGACACACCCGUGGGCGGAAACGGGUUCCCUAGUCUAGAGUGCGUCGACGUAAGUAUGGACAUGUUGACAGUAGCUUUCGGCGCAUUCUUGUCGGCUACCCACGACAGGCUGCGCACCGCAUGCUUGGGCCACAACGGCAUGUGUUUAGAAUUCCUGCGACACUGCGUCCGCUACGGCCGGCACCAGCCGUUUACGCGUCUCGAGCACCUCACCUUGAAUACGAAACUUUCGCUACCUCAGCUGGACAUCCAACCCCAAGACCUGCACGACGUAAUGAAGGCCCUGCCCGCUCUUCGACACCUAGAAACGGACAGCUACGACUUGCGGCUGUUCACGGAGAACUACUGCGUUCCACGUGGUCGGGUGUCCCUGUCCUGGACUGGGUGCGUUCACUGUGCCGUCCAUAGGCCCGAGCUUGCGUUUUGUGAGAGACUGGCGGCCUUCGUGAAGGACAGUUUCGUCCCUUGCGAGUAGACUGUAUUCAGCGUGUGAUAGAUGACUAUUUGCAGAAGCUCAUCCGCAGAUAUCGUUCAGGUCAGUAGUCGUAAUUUCCAGUUUCUUCUUGAAUAAAUUAAAAUCCAAUCUGUAGGUUUACUUCUGACAGGCGUUCCAGUGGCCGAGCAGUAACGGUGGGAAACUGUUACCAUAUAGCAGUGUUUUGUUUCAAGAACAUCGUGUAUACCUCGUGCAGAGUGUCUCUUUACAUAACAUUUUAACUUUUAUUACUGGGCUCAGAACUGUGCGCCGAGAGGUGCUUUUCACCGACGGAGUUGUGUGAAAUUCGUUUCUGGUUUUCUACUUGAAAUAGUAUUUGAUUUAUUUUUAAUUGGUCACUCUUUGGUGCACACGUAAAGUGCUGAAAGUUGAACUCCACUGAUAAUUAUUCCCUGCAGUGCUUUCUUAUGACUAUCGUACAGUGUACAGCGCAUGAAUUGAUUUAUUUUUUAUACGUGAAAAUGUUACGCAUAUAUGGUUUUGCUUGCUACGCAGGAUAUUGUAGUAAGACCGCCGACUGUUGAGGUCUCAGUCUUUUUUCUUUCCUCAUUGUUCUUGUGAAUUGCUUCAAGAGAAAACCUAUUGUGCUCUUUAUAAAUCAAACGUGCGAAUAUAAAUAAAUUUGCGUGACCUUUU